AUGGCCGGCGAAACCCCCCAACUUCUCAAGUUCGACAUCUGCGUCUACAGGAAGAGCGACAUCCCAUUUGAAGAUUUCAUCAAGUGGGCUACGGUGGAGUAUCCUCCCAGAACUGUUCCCAUCAUGAAAAAACACGGCAUUGUCCAGUUUGCGCAGACGGUAACCCCGCCAGAGCUCCGCGAGGCUUACCGGAAUGUGCUGAAGAACGACCUGGGACGGCUGGAAUGGACGGUUUCCGACUACGAUCUCGUCCUGUCCUACUGGCUGCGCAGCCCGAACGACCUUGUUGCACUCACCCAAGAUCCCGAGUGGAUCGAGCUCGAGAAGGACGCCCGGGCGCGGAUCAACUUUUCCAUCGGUCACUUUGUCAUCGGCCACGAGAUCGUCCAGCUCACCAGCAGCGACGCUCGUGUAGCGGCCACCGCCUAA